AUGGAAACAGCAACUUCUUCCAACAAUAAAAACAAUUUUACUUCCCCCUCUCUUUGCCCUAUUAUUUUGACUACAGCAAGAUCUAUUCCCCCCUCAAAUACCCCCACUCCCCCAAAUUCAUUAGAAGGAUUUAGUAAUGAUUGUAGUGCUAAAAAGAGAAGAAGGAAGCCUGAAGCCAAAAACAUUAUUCGGUUAACAACAGAAACAGAAAAAUCAGCAACUUCUGAUAACAACAAUAUAUUAAUUAACCCAAAAGAAAUCACAGAAAAAACGGAAAAUAAAGAAAAGAAUGGAACGUUUACCAUAUUAGCAGAAGAACCUUUAGAAGAAGAAGAGGGGGAAAGAAUGUUGUCAUCAAUUCAACAACAACACCCAUUUGUUGGUGAACAAGAAGAGGUACAAAUUGAGGAGGAAACCCCCACCAUCACCAACAACGAUAUAUCUUCCUCAAUUAAUUUAAUUACUUCACCAACAACAAACCCAUCUUCCCCAUCUUUACUUCCAUUAACGAGUAUUGAAUCCUUACUUUUCCAACCAGUAAAUAUCGAAAAUAAUUGGAAAGAAGGAGAAGAAGAAAAAGAUCCUUUUAUUAAUUUAGAGGAAGGGGGGUCUUCUACAGGUGGAAGUAUUGGGGAAGAGGAACAACAACACAAAAAUGAAGAAAAAGAACUGUUAAAUAAAAAUGAGGAAAUUGAUGGGGAGAGAGGGGAAGGUGGAGAUAAGGAAGGAGGAAAACAAUUAAAUGGUUGCCCCUCUGAGGAAGAAAAGCAACAAAAUUUUGUUGUUGGCAAUUUAUUUGUUGAUUCUUCUAGUCCACAACCUUAUUACUCUUCUUCUGCAGCUUGUUCACCACUUUCUAGGCCUGAUGGCUCUCUUUCUCCUAUGGCCUUAAAUUUGGAGGGAAUGAAUAAUUCUGUGCCGCAAAUGAAUAGGAGAAAAGAAAAUGCCAAACUUUAUUGCCCAACCCCCGGAUGUGACGGUUCUGGUCAUCAAACAGGUCUCUACACACAUCACCGUUCAUUAAGUGGCUGCCCUCGAAGGCCAGACAAACAAACAAUACAUCUUUUGGCCCUCCAGCCAGACCAACAACUUCGUUGCACAUAUCCCGGUUGUGAUGGAAGAGGGCAUGUUAAUUCUUCUCGCAAUUCCCACCGUUCUCUAAGUGGUUGUCCAGUAGCCUAUGCAGAUAAAAUAAAUAAAAGGCAACAACAAAAAUCUUUAAAAGGAACACCAGAAAGGGGUUCUUCCAGUGAACCUUCAACAAGUUUAGUAAAUAAUAAAAGUGGAAGAAAGCAUUCUUUUUCGUUAAUUAAAAAUAAAGAAGGAGGAGAAAAUUGUGAAAAAGAAGAUAAUAUUAAACAACAACAACCAGUUGAUCUUUCUUUUAAUUUACAACAAAGAAGACUUCAAAUUAAUGAACAAAUUGGGUAA